UCCAUCUUUGCCAGGAAACUCGCUCCACGCCAUUAAACAGUCAAGCUCCAACCCCCAACCAUGUCCAAAAAGUCCACUCACCUCAGUCUUUAUCAUCAUCGUCAUCAUCGUAAUCUUCUUCUUCUUUAUAUAUACCAACUACUUGCAGAGAGAGAGGGAAGCAAAAGGAAUAUAUAAUUAAUUAAAGAGAAAUUAGAUGGCUGAUGUCAACAUGGGCGCCGGCGGGGAGUUCCCGGAGUUCCCCGCAGUCUCCACCCACGGAGGCCGCUACAUACAGUACAACAUAUUUGGAAACCUCUUCGAGAUCACCACCAAGUAUCGCUCUCCGAUUAUGCCCAUCGGUCGCGGCGCCUACGGAAUCGUCUGCUCGGUUUUUAACGCGGAGACGGAGGAGAUGGUUGCGAUCAAGAAGAUUACCAGUGCUUUCGACAAUUACAUGGACGCCAAGCGGACUCUCCGUGAAAUUAAGCUCCUCCGCCAUUUGGAUCACGAAAAUGUUACAGUUCUAAGAGAUGUGAUUCCUCCACCUGUAAGAAGGGAAUUCUCCGAUGUGUACAUUGCCACGGAGCUCAUGGACACUGAUCUUAACCAAAUAAUACGCUCCAAUCAAAAUUUUUCAGAGGAGCAUUGUCAGUACUUCUUGUAUCAGAUCCUUCGUGGACUAAAAUACAUUCAUUCUGCCAAUGUAAUUCAUCGGGACUUGAAGCCGAGCAACCUGUUGCUAAAUGCAAACUGCGAUCUUAAAAUUUGUGACUUUGGUCUUGCUCGCCCAAACAUAGAGAAUGAGUUCAUGACAGAGUAUGUAGUGACCAGAUGGUACAGGGCGCCCGAGCUUUUGUUGAAUUCUUCUGAUUACACUGGUGCCAUAGAUGUGUGGUCUGUAGGUUGCAUCUAUAUGGAGCUUAUGAACAGAAAACCAUUGUUUCCUGGAAAAGAUCAUGUGCAUCAGAUGCGAUUAUUAACUGAGCUUCUUGGCACACCAACUGAAUCUGAUCUUGGAUGUGUUCGUAAUGAUGAUGCGAAGAGGUAUAUUAGGCAACUUCCACAACAUCCACGUCAAGAGUUAACAAAAGUGUUUCCUCACGUGCAUCCUUUAGCCAUUGAUCUUGUGGACAAAAUGUUGACAUUUGAUCCCUCCAAAAGAAUUACAGUUGAAGAGGCAUUAGCUCAUCCUUACCUUGCUAAAUUGCACGACGAAGCUGAUGAACCAGUCUGCUCGGUCCCGUUCUCCUUUGAUUUUGAGCUACAAGCACUGAGCGAAGAGCAAAUAAAAGACAUGAUUUAUCAGGAGGCAUUGGCAAUGAAUCCAGAAUACGCAAAUGCAGGAAACCUAUAAAUAUCCUCCUGGAUUUUCAUACAAUUAUCUAUGGAUUCAUCGCUUUCACAACCCCUUUUUCUUGGACAAGGCCGACGGAUUUUUUGUCUUGUAAGGUCAGUCCCCUAUCAACUGUAUUCUUAAAGCAUAGCAGUCUUCUGUGUUCACAACACAGCUUAUAGACAUGUGUUCUUGCUUCUUUUUUUUUUUUUUUUCCUGUGCAAUAUUUGUAAUAUGUUAUCAGAUGUAAAAUUAUCAAUUUGUUUUUCUUUCCAUGUAAUACGAGGUUGUAUAACUUGUAUUUGUGCAUUAGAUAGCAAUGUAUGAAACUGAGACAACAUUUGUCAUAGGUUAUCAAUAAUGCCAAGUUUUUCACAUUGUAU